CAAACAACUAUGAUAUUGCGAUUCAGAUCUAAACAAGGUACUUUUAGAGUAAGUGUCGAUGACAAUGAUAUGUUUCUGACAGCUGUGAAUCUGGUACUUGCAAAAAUUGACUGCGAUAUUUCUAGUUUGUACAUUUCUAACAGACCCAAUGACAAGGGAAGUCCAGCACAAGAACUCAUCGAUCAGACAAUUUCACUGUUGAACUUGAAAAAUGGCGACAUGUUAUACGCCAAUUAUGAAGAAAGGGACUCUGGAAUAUCUGAUGUACAGACUGGAACUGCAUCUAUCUCAAUUUCUAAUUCAAGAACUACUGCAGUGCCAACUGUAUCUUCUACUUCUUCAUCAGUUAAACAGAAUGAACUAGCAGUGGAUAAGUUACUUGACAGUCAAGACGGCUUGAUUCCAAGAAGUAAGUCUUCUAUGUGUCGCCAUGGUGAUAAAGGAAUGUGUGAAUUUUGUUCACCAUUGCCUCCCUGGGAUAAAGAAUACAAGGAAAAGAAUGGUAUAAAACACUUGUCAUUCUAUGCUUAUUUGAAAGAGAUCAACGAAAAUAAAAACAACAAGAAUAAUGCCACCAGCUAUAUGUCUCCCUUGGAUAAUCCUUCGUACAAAGUCAAUAAGAAUUGUCCAUCAGGACACUUGCCGUAUCCUAAAGGGAUUUGUUCUAAAUGCCAACCACCAGUUAUUACCUUACAACAACAGAGCUUUAGAAUGGUAGAUCAUGUGGAGUUUAGUGAUUCUCAAGUAUUGAACCGAUUCAUUGAUAGCUGGAGGUUGAGUGGAACUCAGAGGUUUGGUUACUUAUAUGGUUCAUAUGAACCUUUUGAUCAAGUUCCUUUAGGAAUCAAAGCGAAAGUUGAGUUCAUUUACGAACCUCCACAGGCUUGUGAAUUGGACGGGAUUACAUUAAUUCCGUGGGAGAAUGAAGAGGCUAUUGAUGCAUUGGCAGCAGAACUUAACUUGUAUAAAGUCGGUGUGAUUUUCACCGACUUGACUGACUCGGGUUUGAAAAAUGGUAGUGUUUUGUGUAAAAGACACAAAGACAGUUAUUUUUUGACCAAUAUUGAAGUGGCAAUGGCCGCUAGAAACCAAUUAAAAUAUGCAUACUCCACUAAAUAUUCCAAUGAUCGGAAGUUUUCAUCGAGGUUCGUAACUUGUGUGGUUUCAGGAGGGUUGAAUGGUGAGAUUGAACCAAGAUCGUAUCAAGUUUCGGUCAAUGCUGAAGCCUUAUUGGAAGCGGAUAUAGUCACCACAUCAACCCAGCCUUCUAUGAUGUACAUCAACGAAUCCAAUGACACCCGAUAUGUUCCAGAUGUGUUUUACUCCAAAAUAAAUGAAUAUGGAUUGGAAGUUAAAACAAAUGCAAAGCCUGCAUUUCCCGUUGAUUACCUAUUGGUCACUUUACUGGAUGCUAUGCCUAAAGAACCCAAACCGUUUUUCACAUCUAACAGUUUUGUAAUUGAACAUAGAGACUUCUUGGGAGAACUCCAAAACUUAAAGGCUUUAUUCAAUCACUUGAAUAAUGAUAUUGGUGAUGGAUCUGUAUUACUCGACUUCCACCUUUUAGCCUACUUAUUAAGUACCCACAUCUUGCAAGAACAUGAAGAGAAAUUGUUGGUGCAAUUUGUGAAAGAACGCACCCAGGAUGCAUACUUAAAGCUUGUAGAGAGUCCUGGAUGGAUGAGUUUGAUAACUAUUUUAGAGCAAGGUUCUUAGGAGUAGCUUCUUUUAAUACAUAAAGUUCAUUG